CAUUGAAUCAUCACAGAAUAAUUUACUCUAUAGUAUGUCCCAUGUAUUAUGGUGAUAAGUGAUAAUUGAUAAGACAUGAACGAAAUUGAUAUAACUUACAAUUUUAUGUCUUCACAACAGUAUUGAUUUGUAUAUUUUCAUUUCUCUUUGAAGUGGUGCAGCAUCAUGCCAGCCUAUCAUUCUAGUAUAAAAGAUUACCAGCAAUUGACUGGAAAUAUGGCAAUAGUUCCAAUAAAGUCUCAAUACAAAGGCCCUGCGCCUUUGCUCAGCCCAACAACUGCAGACAUGGAUAUAAUUGAUGAGGCGUUAUCUUUUUUUAAAGCAAAUGUUUUUUUCAGAUCCUACGAAGUUAAGAGUGAAGCUGAUCGUGUUGUGAUUUAUAUUACUUUAUAUAUAACUGAGUGUUUAAAAAAACUUCAGAAAUGUCAAAGCAAAGAUCAAGGAAUGUCUGAAAUGUAUUCAUUGGCACUUUAUAGAUUUGAUAUACCUGGAGAGGCUGGGUUUCCAUUAAACUCAGUUUAUGCUAAACCGUCAUCAACUGGUGAAGCAGAUAUUAUGCGUCAAUAUUUGGAGCAAUUACGAAAGGAAACUGGCCGAAGAGUUUGUGAAAAAGUGUUUUCAACUGACGAUGGAAAACCAUCUAAAUGGUGGUUAUGUUUUGCUCGUAAGAAGUUUAUGGAAAAAUCAUUGCUUGCUCCAGGUCAAUAAUCUACUCAACAUUUAAUAAGGGCUUGCAUUAUAAUUUUCAUUGGUUGAGCAAACUAUUAAUGCGUAUUUUAUUUUUGUAUUUAUGUCUGCUCUUA